GCGGAACGGGCUACGCAGCACGCACGCAGCGUCGCCGCUUUCGAACUCCGGGCGCGGACGCAAGCACGCACGCACGCGUCCGUCCGCCAUCCACACCGCACCGCCCCCCGCGAGCGACCCAACCCUAGCCGCAAUCCCCACCCGCCGUCCCACCCUCCCCUCCCCGCCCGCCGAUGCAGACCGAGGCGCGGGUGGGCGGCGUGGCCCUCGACGGCCGCGGCGCCGUCUCGGCCUCCCCCCGCCAGGAGCAGCAGCAGCGCCACAUCGGCACCGCCGCGCACCUCGCCGCCGGGGGCUUCGCCGGCGUCGUCAGCAAGACCUGCACCGCGCCCCUCGCCCGCCUCACCAUCCUCUUCCAGGUAUGCAUUCAGAUGCUGCAGCUCUAAGGAAGUGUAGUAUAUGGCACGAGGCUUCGCGGAUUGUUCGAGAAGAAGGAUUUGGGGCAUUUUGGAAAGGCAAUCUUGUCACCAUUGUACAUCGAUUACCUUAUUCCGCCAUGAGCUUCUAUUCUUAUGAGCGAUACAAAAAGCUUCUCGGAAUGGUGCCUGGCCUGGAUGACCCAAAUUAUGUUAGUGUCGUACGUUUACUUGGUGGUGGUCUAGCGGGAGUGACAGCUGCAUCUGUAACUUACCCGUUGGAUGUUGUUCGAACUCGUUUGGCAACACAGAAAACCACCAGGUAUUACAAGGGCAUCUUUCAUACGUUGUCCACAAUUUGUAGAGAAGAGAGUGGGAGAGGAUUGUAUAAAGGCCUUGGGGCCACGUUAUUGGGAGUUGGACCGGGUAUAGCAAUCAGCUUUUAUGUAUAUGAAUCCUUGAGGUCUCAUUGGCAAAUGGAAAGGCCGAAUGAUUCCAAUGCCGUUGUGAGCUUGUUUUCUGGGAGUCUAUCUGGUAUUGCAGCGUCAACAGCUACAUUUCCUCUUGAUCUUGUAAAGCGACGUAUGCAACUACAUGGGGCGGCUGGGGCAUCACAAAUCGAAAAAUCAAGCAUAACUGGAACCAUCCGCCAAAUCCUUCAAAAGGAAGGUCCUCGUGGCUUCUACCGAGGCAUAGUCCCGGAGUACCUGAAGGUUGUUCCUAGCGUUGGAAUCGCCUUCAUGACCUAUGAGGUAUUGAAAAGCAUGCUCUCCAGCAUUGAUGGGGAUGAUGAGAACUAAGGUCGCAAAGCAGUUGCGUUGCCUUUUUUUUGCCGCCCUAGGCAGUUUUGUAGGUGUUGGUAGGAUAAAGCAAGCUUUACCUGAGGUUAUGUCGUACCAUAUAGGCUAAUUAAAGAGCAAACAAUUGAAUCUGUUUUCCUGUGAGUGUUAUGCUCUGAUUCGUCAUGCAAUGUAAUGCCAUUUGCAAGGAGAAAACUCCAAAGGUUUAAUGGAUUCUGUGUAAUUUCAACUGCGGCAUUAUGUUUUCGUGGAAGCAGCAAAUGUGGCUGCAGUUGUAUAAAGAGGUAACAUUUGACAGUCAA